GCCUACAAAUGGACGUCAUUCCUUAACAGCUCUGCAGCGUUUUUUCCCUUCUUUCGUUUUAUCUGUUCAUAUUAAACAUCUCAAACAAGUUAGAACACAAUUUUAAAGUAUACAUUUAUAUAAAUAGCUGCUAAGAGAAUAUUUUAAAAUGCAGUGCAGUUGUUUUUACGCUCAUGUGCGUUAGCUCUGCAGAGGAUGGAGUGAUUUUUUUUUAUUCAUUAAAGUUUACAAAACGGGACAAUAGAAAUAGCUACCUGUUUAUCUUCCUCGUUUCAACAGCUGUAAAUAGUAAUGGUGGCUAUUUUCUCGGGACGCCAAUUGAUGGCGUCCCAUCACUGAGCGUUUCCAAGGAGAGGAUCUGGCUCCCAAGGGCAAUGUCGUCAAGUAAGAUGAUAACAGCCCAUCAGCUCACAUCAAAAUGUGGAAAAGAACCCAGCUCGGCUAUAUGUUGAUGCAGCUACUCAACAAAAUGUAGUCUCCCUCUGAUUCUCUUCCUGGUGCCUGACACAGUCUUUAGGAUAGAAGCCAUAGAGCUGGUUUGAAGAUCUGGGUAAAGUCCAGCCAGCAUCACUCAGGCGCAGAGAUUCAGAAUGAAUGAUUAACAUCACAAAAGCUCCUCUGCACUUCCACACUGUAGAACAAAAGAGCUGGAUUGAUCUGCCGGUGUCACCGGCUCUCUCUUGUGUCUUCUAUCGGAGAUCUCCAUCAAGGGCUGGGAGUGGCCGCUGUCUUUGUGAGAGCGGAGCGGGGAAGCCCUCCGGCGAGCUGCGGAAGAGAGAGGAGAGGAGAGAGGCCACUGUUCACACCCUGAGAUGCUCUGCAGGCUGGAGGAGGAAGAGGAGAUGUCUCUACUGGAGCUACAGCAGAGGGUGGACUGUGUCAUCACCCAUGUUGAUGAGAUUAUGCAGCAGGAGAUCAGGCCAUUACUGGCUGUCGACAUAAUUGAACAACUUCACAGGCAAUUUGCUCUUCUUUCAGGAGGAAGAGGAAAAGAUGGAUCUCCUAUCAUCACCUUCCCAGAGUUCUCAGGUUUUAAUGAGGUGACAGACGAAGAUUUCGUUAAUGUUGUCACAUACCUGACCAGCAUACCAAGCAUGGAUGCUGCUAGCAUCGGCUUCAUCAUCAUCCUGGACCGCAGAAAGGACAAAUGGAACUCAGCAAUCACUUCUCUGGCACGGAUAGCGGGCUCCUUCCCUGGAAAUCUACAGCUUGUUCUGGUUCUGAAACCUUCACGCCUCCUUCAGAGGGCCAUCGCUGAUGUCAGUAUGCGGUUACAUAGGGAUGACUUCAAAUUGAAGGUACCGAUUGUUAUGCUAAAUUCCCUGUCAGACUUGCACGGCUACAUUGACAAAGGCCAGCUGACCUGUGACCUGGGGGGAACGCUGGACUAUUGCCACAGUCAAUGGAUUCACCAUCGCACAGCUGUUGAGAACUUUGCGUUAACAGUGAAGAGCACAGCACAGAUGCUGCAGCAGUUUGGAACUGACCUGGCAGAAACUGAACUUCCCAAUGACGUGCAGUGCACUAAAGAUUUGCUUAUCACACACACCGAAAAACACGAUAAGCUCAAGGACGAGCUAAAAUUGGCCGUAAAACAAGGAAAUACCCUGCUGUCCUGUAUCAAAGACCAGGCCAGCAAAACCGAGAGCCGCAUUUUGAACCCAGAUGAGGUAGAGAACCAAACAACUGUUGAAAGGUUGUUAGCGCAGCUCGAUGAGACGGAGAAUGCAUUUGAACAGUUCUGGUCGAAGCAUCACCUCAAAUUAGAGCAGUGUUUACAGUUACGGCACUUUGAGCAGGACUUCAGAGAGGUGAAAGUUUCUCUGGACGGCCUGAUGGAAGACUUAUUGGGGCUGUCCGACACCGGGGACUGUAUGGCUCGAGUCGAUCACCUGCUGGGGGAUCUGAAAACCUUGGAGGACAAAGCUCAGGAGUCCUUGGAGAAAGCUCAGCUUCACGCUCAGCAUGGGGACCAGCUCAUUCAAAGUAACCAUUACGCAAUAGACUCCAUCCGCCCAAAGUGUGUCGAACUGCGUCGGAUCUGUGAUGACUUCAGCAAUGAGGCAAAAAAGAAACGUGACAUUUUAACCAAAUCACUUGAAGUCCACAAAGGAAUCGACGAGGUGAUCCAGUGGUGUGAGAGUGGAGUGUAUCUGUUGGCCUCUCAGGCUGUAGACAGAUGCCAGACCCAGGAAGGUGCAGAAGCAGCACUGAAGGACAUCGAGAGGUACAUGAAAACAGCCAAAGAGCAGCAGCUCAGUCAUCUCAAAGACCUCAGCAACCAGUAUGAGAUCGCCCUCUCGGAGCUGGUCAAGAGCAAAGCCCAAACUGCACUUAAAAGGCUGGAUGACGUUCAAGAGAUGUUUGAGAAAAGACAUGCGAGUCUGAAAAAACUGUCUGCAAAGCAAACCAGGCCGGUGCAACCUGUUGCACCUCGACCAGAAUCUUCACCAAAACGCACUUCACCGAAAAUCCCACAUUCUACUCCACCUGCAUCAAAUCGCAAAGCUGCAGAUAACUCCUCCGCAAAUAAGCAGCCCAGUGACGCAGAGCUGGCAAAAAGGAAAAAUAUUCGCAAAGCCAAAGGUGGCAUCAAGAUUGAGGUCAUGCAUGAAGGAGGCCAAGGGGGGUCGAGUCAUGUUCUUAUGAACAAUGAAACUGAAGAGUCGCUUUCAAACAGACGCAGUCACAUAAUGAAUGAAUUGAUUGAGACGGAGAGGCUGUACGUGGAAGAGCUGCAGAGCAUCAUAGAGGGAUAUGCAGCUGCACUGGAUGACCCCGAGCUGAUCUACCUGAUCCCACCGUCUUUGGAAAACAAGAAGGAAGUACUCUUCGGCAAUCUGCCAGAAAUCUACGAAUUUCACCAGAAGACGUUUCUUAAAGAGCUGGAAAAUUCUGCAGAAAAGCCAGAGUUGGUAGGAAUAUGCUUUUUGAAGCGGAAAGAAGAGUUACAGAUUUAUGAGAAAUAUUGCCAGAAUAAGCCACGCUCUGAGGCUCUGUGGCGGCAGUGUGGGGACAGUAUGUUCUUUCAGGAGUGUCAGAAAAGGUUGGACCACAAGCUUUCUUUAGAUGCGUAUCUGCUAAAGCCUGUGCAGAGAAUCACCAAGUACCAACUGAUGUUAAAGGAGAUGCUGAAGUGCAGUAAGAACUCAGAGGGCACCGCUGAGCUGGAGGAAGCUCUGGCCACAAUGCUAGACAUCAUCAAAUCAGUCAAUGACUCCAUGCAUCAGAUCGCCAUCACUGGUUUUGAGGGCAAUCUGAAUGAUUUGGGAAAACUGCUCAUGCAGGGCUCGUUUAACGUUUGGACAGACCAUAAGAAAGGUCACAGUAAAGUGAAGGACUUGGCACGCUUCAAACCCAUGCAGAGACAUCUCUUUCUGUACCAUAAAAUCCUUUUGUUCUGCAAGAAACGUGAGGAGACGUCUGAUGGUCAUGAGAAAUCCCCUUCCUACAGUUUCAAGCACUCAUUAAAGAUGAGCUCAGUGGGAAUCACAGAAAAUGUAAAGGGAGACAUCAAGAAGUUUGAAAUCUGGUACAAUGGCCGAGAGGAAGUUUACAUCGUUCAGGCUCCUUCCAUGGAAGUUAAGAACACAUGGGUGUCAGAGAUCCGCAAAGUCUUAACAAGCCAGCUGGAGGCCUGCCGAGAAGCCAGUCAACUCCAUCAGAAGAUUACAGAGAACAUCUACCAUGCUCCCAUGAGAUAUAUGCGCAAAACAGCUCUCCGACAGUCAGACUCUUCUAGUCCUGAAACAGGCUACAGACGUGACACAGGCCCAAAUAUGCGUCAGAAACGAGCUGACGCUUCAGCCAGCCUCGGCUCAGAGCGAUCUGCUCUUGCUAGAAAGCGUUUCACCUUACAGGGCCUGUCAAACCGCAGGUCUCUUCCCGCAGAACCCGCACCUAAGGAGACUGAAGUCACACGGCGCUUUUCUUUAGCCUCAACCGUCAGCUCCACCUCUGCACCACGCAUUAAAGUUCCUCUCUCCGCUAGCCUUAAGAGCAAGAGGCAUCAGAUCAAGAGCGACCCUACACCAUUUGGCUAUGAAGACACCAUGCGAGGUGCACAUCCCACUGAGAGCAAAAGUAAAGGUACCGUCGGUACCAAGCCCGCUGUGCCGAGGUCUGCGUCUCAACCAGGAUGGAGUCAACGGCGUCUGCCAUCAAUGGAUGCUGAGGAUUUUGAGACCAUUCCUUCUAGUGCUGAAGAACUCUCCAUUUCCUCAGAUGGAGAAGAUGAAGGACAUAACAAAAACGGGGAUAAUGAUCGCUAUCAGGUGCAGCUGACGUACGAGUCAGGUACUGCUCAGGAUCUUUCCGUGGAAGCGGGGGAGUUAGUACAAUUCUUAGAAGAGUCGGAGAAUGGCCACUGGCUAGUCAAGAACCUUAGAACUCAGAAGACAGGACUGGUACCACCCACUGUCCUGCAGUCCACAGCUGAGGAAGUAGACCUAUACAGUAACUCUGAUAUUUUCAGUGACCUCUGCACCGCUGCCCUCACCGAUACAGAGGACGCAGACGACAGCACCGGGCCGCGUCCCGCUCAGGACAGCAGAUUUGCAUGCUGAACGCGCCGUGAUGUGUCCUCGCUUUCCGUAGUGCCAUGCUUAUACAUCAUACUCGACAACAGCUCGACAUCUUUUGUAAUACUACACAGACAUCUGCUCCGCUGAAGGAAUAGGUAAACUCUGCUGCUAUACGACCGUUUUGAGAAAGACUGACCAGAACAGAUUCCAGUCUUUUCUGGUCUUCUCCAGCGCUGACGUGACAUUGACAACAUUCUGCAGUCGUGAGUCAGAAAUUCAACAUGCAGCCUUCGUGCGUUCACUCUGCUGUGCCUUAACAGCAAAUGCAGGGGUAUUUGAAGGGAAAUAUCCAGAUAUAAUCGCAACAGACUUCUGUGAACACCGGACAUCGUGUGGUAUGCUAUCUGCGCUGAGAUGGCCGUCUGAAAACACUGAGAGGAAGAGACUCUAGACCGUUCCGUCCUGCUGAAACUUCUACUGAAAUGCUUAAAUAUACUUGAUUGUUUUUGUUGUUUAUUUCUUAUUUGCUUAUGAGACUGUUGGUCAGAAACACAGCACUUUUGAUGAAUUAAUGUACAAUAUUUAUACUCUCUUUUAUAUCCUGACAUGAAAGCCAUCUGUAAAGUUUCGUUCCUUUGCUGUUUGGAAAGCUGAAUAUCUUUAAUCCUCCUCACAUAUUUGCCUCUACUUGAUAUAUUCAUCUCUAUCAUGGUGUGGUUGUACAUAAAAAAAUCUUGAAACGUAGUUUGAAUGUGUAAUAUUUACAGAUUUUUUAUAUUUCAGAUGAUUGUUGUAGCAUAAAUAUUCCAGCUUUGCUGUUAUUUUACAGUACUGCACGUGAAAGUUGUCAGUUUGUGCUAAACAAUAACAGAAUCCAAUACAAAAAUCAUAUGUACUGUAUCCUUCCUGCUAUGACAUGAAGAACCAGACAAUAGUUUGACAGUGAAUGUAGUAAUGAUGCCAAAUGUUUCAUCUCAUAACCGUAAAUAUCCACAUAUGAUUGUGAUUUAAAUAUAAUUAGUGGUUUGUUUACUUUCCGUAUCAACCUGAUCUUACUGGUUUGCUUUAUUUGUUUGUAUGUAAAUAUAUAAGCACAAAGAUUUCAUAUUGAAUGCCUACGUAAUUCUUGGUAGUUCAUAUGUGAAUAUUUUGCUUUUACAGCUUCCCUAUGGAUAAUAUUACAGCUGAUGUGAAUAUGUAUUACAUGACUGUACAUUUUCAAAUCCAUAAUGAAAUACAUUCAUUACAAAACCA